AUGAACGUCAACCCAGCGCUCCGCCUCACACCCUCAAAUUCUCCUUUUCUCAAAACUUCCGUCAAUCGCUCGCCGACGAAGGCGGUCGUCAAAGCUGAAGAGCCGGGUCUACACCUGAAGAAGGUCAUUGGUACCACGACAGCUUCUGCAAAUGGAUUUGACUGCUUGCCUUCAGCUCGUCAGUUCGCAUUUACGGCAGGAGCAGCGGCUGUGCUGGCCACGGUCGAUAAAGAUCUGAACAUCCAACAGCAAUUCUUCCGUGCAAAUCCGGCAUCUUCGGCAAACCGGGACGCGAACACAAAUUGGCCAGUCACUGCAUCUCCAGGAGAUCGAGGGCGCACGCUUGGUUAUUUCAAGGAUCAGAGCGGUGGAGCAUCGCCCUUGAGUGCUUCGUUGCGCGACUGGUCAGACUCCCCAAGUGGACGAUCUGCGACUGCCAAGGACCGCGUCAAGGCUGCCACUUCGGUCUCACUGAGCCCAAAUGGCAAAUGGCUGGCCGUCGGCGAAACAGGCUAUCGACCAAGGAUUCUUAUAUUCUCAGCACGAGAUGGAUCUUCAGAGCUGCCUGUGGCGGUCGUGGCAGAGCACACUUUCGGUGUGCACGCACUGAGCUUCAGCCCUGACUCGAGAUAUUUAGCCUCACUCGGGACUGUGAAUGAUGGAUUCCUCUACAUAUGGAAUGUAGACGAUCGCACAGGCGUACCGAUCUUGUUCGCGAGCAACAAAUGCACGACAACCAUUCAUUGUAUGUCUUGGGUGGGCCGUAGUCUUGUUACGGUCGGCCUGCGAUUUGUCAAAGUUUGGCGACCCGAUGAGGAAGCUACGCUUGAUUCGCGAGGUAGCGAUACUGUUCGUAGUACGACACCGCGACCCAAGAUCGAGCUUCGAUCUGACUUUGGGAAUAGCAUUCUUAGUCCUAAGCAUAAGGUUCUUGCAGGCAAGAAUUCUUUGCUGGGCGAGAUGCUCGAGGCAACGUUCAUAUCUGUGAUCGCAACAUCUGACUGCAAGGCAUUAAUUUGCGCAGAAGGUGGUGAAGUGUGUUUGCUUGACGAUAGCGAUCGGAUGCAGACCCUCACCUUCGCCACCACGACUGGUAUUCGCAUCACCGCAGCCAUGAUCGACGGGGGUGCACUGCGUGUAGUGGGAGCGGACGACAGCGGAUGCCGGCGGACUUCCAACAUUUUACCACGGAGUAUGCUCGUCAAAGGCACGACCAUCGUAGCUACAGCAACUGUUGGCGAUAUUGUCAUCAUGAUCGACUCAAAUCGGAUGAUAUCUUUGUCCAAAGCGGGAUCGGAUACUGACAACGACGAUGAAAUCUUGCAUCGCCAUUUAACCGCGCACGAUGAUGCUGUUUUGGGUGUCCGUCCUUUCCACUCCAAAAUUCUGCCCACUGCCGCCUUUUUCACCUUUUCCGGCAAUGGCGCCAUGCGCUUCUGGGACGACGAAGGUUGUGCCGUUGGCGGACUCACCGCACCAGUUGAAAGUUCUCCAGAUAUGUAUGGGCAGUCGAAUGAGCUCAGAGCAGCAGUUUCCUCCGAGAAUGGAGAUUAUAUUGCAACUGGCGACAAAUUUGGCUCCAUGGCCCUUUUCAGCACCUUCGACAGUAACAUGUUACAACAGGUCCGAGCACAUUCGACUGAGAUCAUGGACAUCGCUUCCUUUGUCCGCGGUGGCAUUCAGUUUUUUGCGUCGGCAAGUCGAGAUCGCACUGUGCAAUUAUUUGCAUGUACAAACAAACGAUUGGAGCUCCUUCAAACAAUGGAUGAGCACGCAGCAUCUGUCAAUUGUGUAUUGCCAGCGAGAGAUGGAGAUCAGCUGCUUUCAUGUUCAUCUGAUCGAUCAGUUGUGGUGCGAGAAGCUGUGCUGAGGGACCCUGAUAACCCUCGGUCACUCGCAUUCGGUAUGCUACGCACCAUCUCCCUUAAAUCAUCGCCUUUGAGCAUGUGCUUAACACCAGAAGACAACAUGGUGCUGGUGUCAGCGGUCGACCGGUGCAUAUCCAAGUAUAACACCAAGACCGGGCAGGCCGACUUCAGCUUCAAAUGUUCCGACAACGACAACGGUGAGGCAGCUGUGAUGUCCAAGAUCAUCUACGCCCCGUCGUUGAAUGGCAAUCCUACCAUAGCUGGAGUGUCAAGCAGCGACAAGUCGGUCCGCUUGUACACAGAAUAUGGCAGCCUCAUCGCUCGAGAUUGGGGACAUACCGAAGGCAUUACUGACAUUGCGUUCAUUUCACCUCCACGUCGAGAAGGUAAUCGCGAGUACCGCUCGCCGCACAUCGCCACCGUUGCUGCCGAUUCUACGAUUUUCAUGUGGGAAAGCGUUUUACCCAACAACAGAUCAACAACAGCACUAUCAUCCGACAGUGGAUCUGGCGAAGUCACAGAAACUGCUCCUGCGGCAACCUUAAAACCGCCGCUUCGCAAGGUGAUCUCCUAUUCAGAAAUAUCUCGCUUCCGUCGGGAGAGAGCUGCAGACGAGAAUGAGCCUCCUUCACCCAAUGCUCUCUCCACAUCGCCUUCCACGGUUUCUCCUCCCAAGCUCCGCAAGAAAAGCUCAAGACCUUCCUUCGCCCAGGCACCUCGUCUUGAACCUGCAUUCCGAUCGACAUUUCGCGAGACAUCGCGAAGAAGAAGCAAUCGACACCGUAACGCAACUGGAUUCGGUUCCCUCACCGCCUCUACUGAUUCCGUUUGUCGAACCUUGCGUGCUUAUCGCAAGAAACUCUCAAAUUCGAGCGCCAAUGAAACCAUCUCGAAUGAAAUCAUUCGCGAGCUAGAAAAAGAGCUCAAGCUCACUGCACGCGUUGUCGGCGAGAAAUCCGCCGGGAAGACUCUCGACGAGGCUAUAAUGACCAAGCUUCUGGAACAGGCCAGCGACAAAAUCAUCGGCAUGUUGGAUGAGAAGAUCAAAGAGCGCGUGCAGGGCCGAGCAAGGGUCGUCAGCGGAGGUGCCGCAGUUCCAUCCGCAACGGCCAGUAUCCUUGAAUCGCCAGCUGAGAUCGAGGAGGUUAUUCAUCGAAGCGAGACGACUCCACCUGGACUCUAA